AUGCCUGCGGUGGGAGUCGUCGUCCCCGGUGACGGCCGGGAGUACCCGGAGCUCACGCCGUAUGUGCUGGUAACGUGCAUCGUCGGGGCGAUGGGCGGCCUGAUCUUCGGCUAUGAUAUCGGGAUCUCCGGUGGGGUUACGUCGAUGCCGCCGUUCUUGAAGAGGUUUUUCCCAUCGGUGUACAGGAAACAGCAAGGCGAGAAGACAACGAACCAGUACUGCCAGUACGACAGCGAGACCCUCACCAUGUUCACCUCGUCCCUCUACUUGGCGGCGCUCCUGUCGUCGCUGGUGGCUUCGACUGUGACCAGGAGGUGGGGGAGGAAGCCGUCCAUGCUCUUGGGCGGGAUCCUCUUCUGCGCCGGCGCUCUCCUCAACGGGUUCGCCCAUGCCGUGUGGAUGCUCAUCGUCGGUCGCAUCCUCCUUGGUUUCGGUAUCGGAUUCGCCAAUCAGUCUGUGCCUCUCUACCUCUCUGAGAUGGCCCCUUACAAGUACAGAGGAGCUCUCAACAUAGGGUUCCAGUUAUCCAUCACGGUCGGAAUCCUGGUGGCCAAUGUCCUCAACUACUUCUUCGCGAAGAUCAAGGGCGGCUGGGGUUGGCGGCUCAGCCUCGGUGGCGCCGUGGUCCCCGCCCUCAUCGUCACCUUCGGGUCCCUCGUCCUCCCCGAUACCCCUAACUCGAUGAUAGAGCGGGGCGAGCGGGAGGCUGCCAAGGCGGAGCUGAGGAAGAUCCGCGGCGUUGAGAAUGUUGAUGAGGAGUUUGACGACCUGAUAGCGGCGAGCGAGGAAUCGAAGCGGGUGGAGCACCCGUGGCUGAACCUCUUGCAGAGGAAGUACAGGCCUCACCUCAGCAUGGCGAUACUGAUUCCCUUCUUCCAGCAGCUCACCGGGAUGAAUGUGUUUAUGUUCUACGCCCCCGUCUUGUUCAACACCCUGGGGUUUACGAACAACGCCUCCCUCAUGUCCGCCGUGAUCACGGGGCUCGUCAAUGUCGGCGCUACGUGGGUCUCCAUCUUCGCCGCUGAUAGAGCGGGUAGGAGAGCCCUUUUCCUAGAGGGUGGUACUCAAAUGCUGAUCUGCCAGGUUGUUGUUGCCAUUGCAAUUGGUGCGAAAUUCGGAGUGGACGGUAAUCCGGGCGAGUUGCCCAAGUGGUACGCGGGCAUCGUGGUGGCUUUCAUCUGCCUCUUCGUCGCCGGGUUUGCGUGGUCGUGGGGGCCGCUCGGGUGGCUCGUGCCGAGCGAGAUCUUCCCCUUGGAGAUCCGGUCAGCCGCCCAGAGCAUAAACGUCUCGGUCAACAUGAUCUUCACGUUCAUGGUGGCUCAGAUCUUCCUCAGCAUGCUGUGCCACAUGAAGUUCGGGUUGUUCUUGUUCUUCGCCUUCUUUGUGCUUGCCAUGUCCAUAUUCAUCUACUUCUUCUUGCCCGAGACCAAAGGCAUUCCGAUCGAAGAGAUGGGCAUGGUGUGGAGGAAGCACUGGUAUUGGUCUAGAUUCGUGGGCGACGACGAGGUUCCUAUCGGGCGGAUCGAGAUGGGCGAAGGCGGACAGACCCCGAAAGGUGUAUGAAUGAAGAGUCAUGUGAAGAUUUUGGACAACAUUUUUCAUUGUUUCUAGUCUUGGUUUCGUUCUAAACAUAA